ACGAUUUCUGCCCGUCCGCUGCACUUGGAUGAAAAAUCCAUCAAAAUCAAAGCAGCAAUUUGUAAUUGGAGUAUGAUUGGCACACCAGCCCAAACAGACCAAGCCACUGCUGCGUAUGAUCGAUCCACCUUCAUCUUUGGCAUAGAAAGUGUCAGAUUAUCCCUUAAAGGAGCGAGAAAAUGAAUCCAUCCGUGGCAUUGACGACAGGCAGCCUGCAUCCUUCUAACAGCUUCCACAACACGCAGGCCUUCGCGUCUCCCAUGACGGAGGAGACCAUUGAGAAGACAUCACAGCGCAUUCAGUCCAGUAUUCGCGAUGUCGGAAUUAUCGCGCGGGAACUGCUCAAGGGAUCGCGCUCGGAGGAGGUGCUGAUGACGACAGCCAAACAGUUCGCCGGUAUGGAACAAAAUAUUGAAAGUUGUGCUCUGAGUGUCUCAAAAAUUGAGCUGAUCUCCCAGCAGCUGGCGCUUCAUCAGGAAUGUAUUGAACAAGCAUUAGCUAACGUGGAAGAUGUGGAAUGGAAAUUGUCCAACAUUAUCGGCGCUCCGUCGGCGAACAUUCCCUCCGCCUCGUCGUCGGCCACAGAAUCCGUGAUCGCACCUGCGACUGAUCCCAAUACAUCCUUCGAUAGCGGCUCCACCAUCACCGAGAUCUCAGAACGGACGGCACCGUUAGAGUAGCGACAUUUUUGAUUGCUCAAUCACUGUUUUUUUAAAUUCCAACUCACUGUGUCAGCUUCGGAAAAUUUGUUCGUUCUUUUUAUGUUUUGGAUGUGCAAGCUGCUUUGUCCGAUUAUGGGCAUUCGGCGUAGUGUUGUGAUUUUUAUGUUUAUUCUUACCUGCACAGUGAACACUGCGCAGUAAUGUAUUAUGCAUGUGUAACCGAACAGUUAAGUCUGUGUUAAAUAUGUUUUGCUGCAGCGUAAUCAUAAAGUAUUCAG